AUGGGAAAACCAAAGUAUUUAAAGAAGAAACAAGAGGCGGCUGCAGCAUCUGCUGAACAGCAACAACAAUCUAAAGAAGAAAAAUAUGAUACUAAAGUUGAGGAACCCAAAUCUUCAGGUGCCAUGGUAGCUUUUGCAAAUCCUGUUUUUCGCGAUGGUGUAAGUGACAUUCUCGUUGAGAAGAUUGACAUUAGUUACCAAGGUGUACCUAUCUUGGAAAAUGCAACAUUGAACCUUGUGGCUGGGCACCGGUAUGGACUUGUGGGUCCCAAUGGUUGUGGAAAGUCAACACUAUUAAAAGUGCUUGGUUAUCAUGAGAUCCCGUUUCCAAAGCAUGUGGAUCGUUACUUUGUCUCUCAUGAAGUAGAGGCAUCUGAUGUGACUGCCCUGGAUGCUGUCUUGUCUGUGGAUAAAGAGAGAGAAAAUUUGGAAAAGGAACUGGAGGAAUUGGCUCUUGCAGAUCAAGAAGAUACGACAGUCUCUCAUCGUAUGGAUGAAAUUUAUAAACGAUUGGAUGAAUUGGAUGCGGAUACUGCAGAAGCACGUGCGGGAAAAAUUCUCUUUGGUUUGGGAUUUACUCCAGAAAUGCAACAUCGUCCAACUAAAUCUUUCUCUGGUGGAUGGCGUAUGCGUAUUUCAUUGGCACAGGCACUCUUUAUUAAUCCUUCCGUUUUGCUUCUUGAUGAACCUACAAAUCAUCUUGAUAUUGAAGCUGUGGUAUGGCUUGAAAAUUAUCUUUCUAAAUUUACGAAAAUUCUUUUUAUGGUUUCACAUUCGCAAGAUUUUAUGAAUAAUGUUUGUACUAAAGUGGCCCAUAUGUCUCAUGGAGGACUUCACUAUUAUGAUGGUAAUUAUGAUCAAUUUUGUAUUACCCGUGCAGAAAAGGAAAGUAACCAAAUGAGACGUUUUCAAUGGGAACAAAAUCAAAUUAAAAAUAUGAAAGAAUAUAUUGCCCGUUUUGGUCAUGGAAGUGCUAAACUUGCCCGACAAGCUCAAUCAAAAGAAAAGACACUUGCUCGUAUGGUUCGUGGUGGUCUUACACAAGCAGUUGCAAAGGAUCGACAAAUAAACUUUGGAUUCCCCUGUGCUGGACCUUUGCCACCACCCAUGUUGCAAUUCCGUGAAGUUUCUUUUGCCUAUCCUGGACGUGAAACCCUUUUUGAGGAUCUUGAACUUGGUGUGGAUAUGGAAUCUCGUAUUUGUCUGGUUGGUCCAAAUGGUGCGGGUAAGACCACGUUAACAAAACUCAUGUGUCGUGAGUUGGAGCCUACUACUGGAUAUGUAGCGAAGAAUGCCCAUUGUGUUAUUGCUCGUUUCCAUCAGCACUUUGUGGAUCAAAUUGAUAUGUCGUUAACUCCACUGGAGUGGAUGGGACAAGAGUAUCCCACGGUCACGGAUCCUAACAUAUUACGUAGUGCACUUGGGCGCUUUGGUGUUUCUGGAAAACUUCAAAUGACGCCAAUGAAUACACUUUCAGAUGGACAAAAGUCACGUGUAGUGUUUGCGUGGAUGGCUUUCAAGACUCCACAUUUAAUGAUUCUUGAUGAACCUACAAAUCAUCUUGAUAUUGAAUCUAUUGAUGCUUUGGCAGAUGCUGUAAAUGCGUUUGAAGGAGCUGUGGUGGUCGUAUCUCACGAUCUUCGACUUAUUGCUCAAAUUGCUGAAGAGAUUUGGAUUGUGGAUAAGGGCCAAUGCCGUAAAUUUAAUGGUGAUAUUGCGGAUUACAAGGAACACGUCCAACAGGAGGUGCAUCGCAUGACUGAGGACUAUGCCAACAGGAAUUAA